CUGUGACGAUGAAACACCAUGGCCAUCCAUGAACAACUCCCAUAUGGCUACCUUGGACGAUGAGCUGGACUUUGACGAAAGCGGCCUUGAGCAAUUGCCGCAAUCCACUCUGCAAGACCUUGAGUUGAACGCGCUUUCCUCGACUCAACGCGAAGUUGCCGCGUGUAGGCAAGCGCAAUACAGACAGACAAUCCGCCCUCUCAAAUUGACCAGGCCAAGUCUGCCGCCAGUCGCCACUCCUGCUGCAACUACUACCGAUUACGAUGCCCCAAACUCGCCUGAAUCAGACUACGGCCUGGACGACACCAUCGAUGAUGAGGAAGUCCUUGACCUGAACGCCGACACGACCACCUAUCAGCCUCAGCUGCAACAGACCUAUGCGCAAUCCCGAGUUAACAAUAGCCGCUACGAGCCAUCUGUCAAUGACCCCAUCGUGCUAGACGAUGCUCCAGACAUCCAUGACCAUGUGAAUCACGCCCACGACCAUGUCCAGCCCACCGACACCACCGCCAUCGAUGCCCACAUUAGAAAGCUCGAGGCCGAAUUGAAUGCUGUCCGCUUGUCUCUGCAAAAUGCAAAAGACCAAAAUCAGAAACAGGCUGGGGAGUUGUCUACAAUCCGCGCCAGGCGUGAGAAAGAUGCCAAAGAGCACGAACAGCAAUUACAGGCUCUGAACAAGACGCGUGCUGAUGAUGCUGCAAAGCAAAAGGCCGACUUGGAGGCAAAGAAGAAAGAGAUCGAGGCCUACGAGACGAACAACCGUUUCCUAGAGCACGAUCUAGCCCAAGCAAGAGACGAGCGCUCCAAGAGAAUCAAGCCUACCAGAACUGCCACGGGUAAGCUUACUCGUCAGCCCUCUCAGUCAUUACCCUAUCGCGAUGGCUUCGAUGACAACGAGAUCGUGACACUGUCUCCUUCAAAGCCGAAGGAUAGAUCCAAAUCUUCUACCCCAAAGGUAGGUGAGAAGCGGAAGAGAAAUGCUGCUGUCAGUCCUGCUCCUCAGCUGCAACUCAACCCCCAACCUUCUGUAUCGUCCUCGCCUGCUGCCCUCCUGCCCGAGUCGACUCCUGUGAUCGAAGAUGUGCUUCGACCACAAGAUGACUCGCAAUUUCAGCUGAUUCGACAUUUAAUGAAUCACCGUCCUUCCAAGUCACGAGAAAGAGUCUUGGAGACGAUGAGUCGUCUCUCUUUUCCUUCUUUACCCGGUCAAUCCAUAUCUGGUCUCAUAACCGAAGGUCUGUCCCAGUUUGUUGGUGUGGACGAAAACGAUGACCUUUCCUGCUUUGCCUGCAGUCUCCUCUCAGACUUGUGGGAGACAUGUUUGCGGGACAAGUUCUACACGCCGAUAUACCUGAUACUAGAUCUGUAUGAGUUUAUCCUUGCCAGAUCGCUUGGACCUCCAAAGUUCUCGCUCGUCGAGCGCUUCCUUCCGCUUGCGACCAGAACGAUAGAUCUGGUUGCUGUUCCCCGCGUACGUCUAGUCUCGGGCGCCAAGGUUGAUUCUCAUCUUCUUGAAUGCAUAAACGUCGACCAGAUCCUGGUCUUGAUGCACGGCAUGGCAUUCGAUGCAAGCCUCAACGUCGAGUCGUGUCAGGCAUUUUGGAAGAAGAUGGAGUUCGAAUUCACCCUGAUGAUGCUGAACCAGAGUCAGCCACUUCCGCAGAUUGUUCUAGUACUUCAAAUGCUGGGCAGCUCGGUCAUGGCCGAGUCGUUCAGCAUCGUAUUGGAUGACCCGGAAAAGCAGUCUACCUUGGAAGGUCAUACAAUUGAUCGCCUCACGACUUUGCUGUUUGAACGACCUGAGGCUCCACCCGGAGAGUCGCCAUACGAAGAUCAUGAAGUUGCUACUCUGCAAAUCGAGACGAUUCGAGUUCUGAACGGACUAGCUACGACAAAGCAUGGGAGUGAAGUGUUGGCUCAACACCGUACAGCCAUUGGGCGACUGGUUCGUCUGUUGCACGUUUCGGUAACCAAGCUAUAUGACCUUCCCCCUACCAAGCAUGGUGUUCUUGAUGAGGCGGCCAAAGGACCCGAGUUCAGUACAAUUCACGAACUCACGUCAAGUCUGAUCAAUCUGACAGUCAGGUUGAUAUAUCAUCUACUGACGAACUACGGCGAUACGAUCAAUCUACGGGAGAAGCUCAUGGUGAUACCAGGCGGGCAUCACAAGUUUUUGGUUUCCUUAACACGACUGGCUUUUUCAGAGCAGCUGGUGUAUGAGGCUGGCCUCGACAACGAGGCUCUCGACGCUGCUCAUGAAAUUUUGGAUGGUAUCCUGAGUCCGGAGGAAGGCGAAGCUGUCGUGCAAGCGAUCGAAACACCUCGUGGCACAACUGGGACAAGGGUGUCUACUUUUGGUUAGAUAGCGAAGGCUUGAGGAAUCUUGACAUGCCGAGCUGUGGUCGAAUUGGAUGGACAGAAUACCGGGCAGGCACCUGAUGUUUGGAUACAAUCAGCUUGCGUAUAUGCGACUGCUGCAGCUGAUAGUUUGCAAAGUCAGAAAAGCACGUCUAUAGGAGCGCAUGAGUCUGCGAAGAAAAGCAGCAGGACUGACGAUUUACGAACAAAUAGACAAGAUUAUGCUCACUGCUCUUCGCUAUCACAAGAUCAAGACGAAUGCAAAGGGUG